AUGCCAGCUGAGAGACGUUCUUUGCGGUCCAACAACAAGCCAGAUACUUCUUCGUCCGCUAACGGUGAAAAGGCUCGCUCUGGUUCCCAGAGUUCGAGCUCGAACAAGGAUAAGCCGGCGACUACUCGCUCCGCUGCCAAUAAGGUCAAGCCCACGAAGGCCGCAUCUUCGAAUAUUGCUUCAGACUCCGGCAUGGGGGAACAGCAGGACCAGUCCCAUACCAACGGCACCGAUUCGACGGAGAAUGGUGUGAAUGGGUCUGAAGAUAUCGAGAUGGACGAGGAUACGGCAGGUGGGCCUACAUCCUCAUUCAACGCCAGCAAGGACCGGAAAGGUGACCAGAAAAUGACUGUUGUAGUGCCUCCCACCAAGGACUCCAGGGUAUCCGGCGACAGAGGCCAGGACCGGGAAGGCGAUGUGCCCAUGGAGGGUGCCGGGGGCGAGGAGCCUGGGUCAAAAAUGGAUCCCAAGGCAAAAGCCAUCCAAGACAUCAAGACAAACUUCACUUUUCUUGAACGCGCGGUUACCCACUUUGAUCCCAGGUUUACGCUUCGUGUCUUGAGAUCGAUAUCCUCAAUGCGCAAACAAAUUACGUCGGACGUCCUUGCGGAGGCCAUCGUUGGGGCUUACCCGAAAUCAAGUACCACGGCCUCUCUCUUACUAAGCGCGAUUGAUCAAGCGGGCGCCUUAGACGACGUUGCUGGCUCAACUUCUAAGAUGGAUGUGGACAAUGAUAAGGCGAAGCCCUCGUCGAAAGAAGUUCUACCCGAGAUUGACACCUAUCUGUCAAUCUUAGUCCAAAUCCAUCUGUACGACCGAAAGGAGAUCCAGAAGGGCGCCAAGUUUUCGACCGGUUUGAUCGAACGGCUUCGGGCGCUUAAUCGCCGUACACUGGACUCUCUCGCCGCCCGUGUGUACUUUUAUUAUUCGCUUUUCUUCGAGCAGAUUGCGCCUCUUCCCCCGUCCCCUGCUGCAACAGUUACUUCUAUCCGCCAACCACUGCUUGCGGCCCUUCGGACGGCCGUCCUACGAAAGGAUGUGGACACUCAGGCUACCGUGAUGACGCUCCUCCUUCGGAACUAUCUUUCUACUUCUCAUAUUUCGCAAGCCGAUUUACUGAUUUCGCACAACCAAUUCCCCCCUUCGGCUUCGAACAACCAAAUUGCUCGCUACCUGUAUUACUUGGGCCGCAUCCGAGCUAUACAGUUGCAGUAUACCGAGGCUCAUGGGCAUUUAAUCGGAGCCACGCGGAAGUCUCCUUCGAGCCACAGUGCGCGUGGAUUCUACCAAGCUUCUCACAAGCUGCUUGUAGUCGUCGAGCUUCUGAUGGGCGAUAUUCCCGACCGUGCGGUUUUCCGACAAGCGUCCCUUGAAAGGGCUCUGCAUCCUUAUUUCCUGCUCGUCCAGGCCGUGAGUAUUGGGGAUUUAGACGGAUUUCUGAACAUUGUAAAUACAUACAGUUCGACUUUCCGGAAGGACGGCACCUACACCCUCAUUCUACGCCUACGGCAGAACGUGAUCAAGACCGGUAUCCGCAUGAUGUCGCUUUCUUAUUCGCGCAUUUCCCUUCGGGAUAUUUGCCUUCGCCUCGGCUUGGACAGUGAAGAGUCGGCCGAAUACAUUGUUGCAAAGGCAAUCCGCGACGGCGUGAUUGAGGCAAGCUUGGACCAUGAGCGAGGGUUCAUGAAAAGCAAGGAGGUCGGAGAUAUAUACGCUACCAGGGAACCUGGCGAAGUAUUCCAUGAGCGUAUCAGGGCUUGCUUGAGUCUGCACGACGAGAGCAUCAAGGCGAUGAGAUUUCCGAUGAACCAGCAUCGUCUCGAGCUGAAGAGUGCACAGGAGGCAAGGGAGCGUGAGAGAGAGUUGGCCAAGGAGAUUCAGGAAGGGGACAUAGACGACGAAGAUGCGGGUGGAGACUUCGAUGCCAUCUAA